UCGUGGCUGGGAGUUGUUUCUGCGUCGGGAGCUGUUAUGUACAGCGGGGAGUUCAUCCUCCUGGCAGGGUUUCCUAAACUAGGAAGGAGAGCGGUGUUUCCAUCAGGAAGCCUAGUUAAAGGUAAACCAAUGCCAGGAUCCACCAGCAUCCUGCAUCUUGUUCCAGAUUUCCCUUUGACGGCUGAGCUAAUGCAGAAAUGUAUGACGGUAAACCCUUUUGAAGCAAAAUUCAGGGAGGCUAAUAGAAAGCUAACAACAGGAACGUUGGAGGCAAACGGUCUUGUCCCUGCAACAAUAUCGUUGUCCAACACAAAUGCAUUUUCCUUACUGAAAUUACCCUCAUCGCUUUCGGAUUCACCGGGAAUCUUCUCGAACAUCAGUAUCCUGCAAACGGACGCAGACGGCAUGGUGAAUGAGAAUUUAAAGACUGCUGACAUAUCUAAGUUGUUGCUCCAGGUUCGUAAAAUCACACAACAAGCGCCAAGAACCGCUGAUGUGUUAAAUGCAGUGUUGGAUAUGCACUCUGAUCGCCUCCAUACAAUUAACUAUAUUAAUAAACCCGAUUUCUCGAUGUUCUCGUCGCUGACACCUUCUGGUUCCGCCCCAAAUUCUGCUGGAGUUCUUGCAGCAGCAGGUGUUGCCCAAUGUACUCCUUCUACAAGUGGAGGAUUAUUAGUUCAUCCCUCUCGCAGUGUUAAUAUUAGUCCCACUCAUUCUCCUAGAAAUAAAGAUCAACUGACUAUAGAUUCUAACUGUAGGAUGACAAUACUGGAAAGAAAUAAGGCAGCGGCCGUUCGCUACCGAAAGCGAAAGAAGGAAGAGCACGACGACAUGAUCUCUCGCGUGCAUACAUUAGAGCAGGAGAAGGUGCAGUUAAAUACGCAAAACCAAGUGCUUCGCCGAGAGCUCGAGCGAAUGACGGCGCUGCUACGAGAACGGGAGGCACGAUGCGUAUGUCUCAAAGUCGAUCUCUUAUCGGGAUCACAACAUACCAACAUGUAUAUACCACAAACGCAGCAGCUUAUCAAUGGCUUAGGUUUGCCCAAUGGAAUGGGUUUGAAACGGCCGAAAAUUUAA